GUGGCAAAAUUUAAUGCCUCGACUGCUUCAGGUUUACAGUUUGAACGCAUCGCAAAAGAUCAAUCUUGCACUGCUUCAACUGCUUCGGCGCGCUGCCCAUACCCAUGCCCAGCCCUUCUGGAAUAUUCCAACAAUUAGGCAUGAUUAUACGUCAAUACUCGGUCCUGGGAAUCGGCUCAGCUGCUCCAUUUCUAUACAAACGCUGGACACAAUCUGACCGCCCAGUCGCCUGCCAAAACUUGCCGAGAACAGGCCUGAGAGCCGCCACAAAUAAUUACCCUAAAUGGAAAACAAUACACUGGUUACUCCCACUCCCACUCCCCUGCGUUUGACAUUGCUGGACAGGUCGAAUCCCGUGUUCGCCUGCUACCUGGUGUGGAUGAGUCUGCUGGUGCUGAAAAUGCUGUGCAUGUCGCUGCUCACUGCCCGCCAGCGGAUGCGCACCAAAACGUUUGCCAAUCCCGAGGAUCUGCGCCUCAGCAAGAACAGCGAGGUGCGCUUCGGCGACGACCAUGUGGAGCGAGUGCGUCGGGCUCAUCGGAACGAUCUGGAGAACGUGCUGCCGUUUAUGCUGAUGUCCCUGGCCUAUGUGGCCGCAGGGCCGCAUCCGAUAAUCGCUCGAAUGCUCAUACGCAUCGGGGCAGGUGCCAGGCUGCUGCACACCUUCGUCUACGCUGUCGUGCCGGUUCCGCAGCCGGCACGGGUCUUGGCAUUCUCCACCACAUUUGCGAUUACCUGCUUCGAGGCGGUCUAUGUGCUCGUCUGCUGCAUCAAAUAUAUCUAGAAGGAAAUUGCCAUUAAGUAGUGAACCCCCACACAGCCCACCCACCCCCGCUCGGCACUCCGCACAACUUU